CUAGUUUAAUUUCUAUCGCGACUUUGAGAGUUAGAGCUGAGCAACUCUACGAUGAAUACACCAGAAAGCCAAGAGCUUCACCGACCGCCGCCGUCGCCACCAUCACCACCGAAGCCUCUGACCUCGAAGCUCUUCAGUUUAUUCUCAGUCCUGGUACUCUUGUCAGCAAUUUCAUACGCCAUCAUCACUCAAACAAACCACUACAAGAUCUCCCUCUUAAGAUCCAUCCUCUCCCCCCACCCCAACAUUUUACAACACCUCCUAAAUUUUCUCAAAACAAGCCCCCCCACCAUACGAACCCCAAACCAGACCCCUUCAAACACCGCGUCCACACCUUCUCACUGCGUGCUAUGGAUGGCUCCUUUCUUAUCAGGAGGUGGGUACAGCUCAGAAUCCUGGUCAUACAUCUUAUCCUUACAUGAAUACCAGAAAUCCCCACGAUUUAGGCUCAGAAUUGAGCAACACGGCGAUCUUGAAAAUAUUGAAUUCUGGGAAGGAUUGUCAGUGGAGAUGAGAAAUUUAGCCAUUCAGCUUCAUCAGACUCAGUGUAGAUUAGAUGAGACUAUUGUGAUUUGUCAUAGUGAGCCCGGGGCUUGGUACCCUCCUUUGUUUGAGACCCUUCCAUGCCCUCCAAUUGGCUAUGAGUAUUUCAAGGCUGUGAUUGGGAGGACCAUGUUUGAAACUGAUAGGGUUACUGCUGAUCAUGUGGAUAGGUGUAACAAUAUGGAUUAUGUUUGGGUUCCUACUGAGUUUCAUGUGGAAACAUUUAUGCGAAGCGGGGUUGAUCCUUUGAAGGUUGUUAAGGUUGUUCAGGCUGUGGAUGUGGAGUUUUUUGAUCCAGUCAAGUAUGAGCCUUUGGAUAUUGGUGCAAGAGGGAGUUUAGUGUUGGGGAAAUCGAAUUCGGGGGAGAAAGAGUUUGUUUUCUUGAGUGUUUUCAAAUGGGAGCAUAGAAAGGGAUGGGAUGUAUUGUUGAGGUCUUACUUGAGAGAGUUUGAUAAAGAUGAUGGUGUUGCAUUGUUUCUGUUGACUAAUCCGUAUCAUACCGAGAAAGAUUUUGGAAACAAGAUUGUUGAGUAUGUAGAAAGGUCUGAUCUUAAAGAACCCCAUUGUGGUUGGCCUCCAAUUUAUGUGAUUGAUGACCAUAUAGCUCAGGUUGAUAUACCAAGGCUUUACAAGGCGGCAAAUGCAUUUGUUUUGCCAUCUCGAGGAGAAGGUUGGGGUAGGCCGAUUGUCGAGGCAAUGGCAAUGUCACUGCCUGUGAUUUCCACGAAUUGGUCAGGGCCAACCGAGUACAUGACAGAUGCAAAUAGCUACCCGUUAUCCGUUGAUACAUUCAGCAAAGUUGCAGAAGGGCCAUUCAAGGGGCACCUGUGGGCCGAGCCAUCUGUUGAUAAGCUGCAAAUGCUAAUGAGGCAUGUAAUGACCAAUUACGAAGAGGCCAAAACCAAAGGAGAGCAAGCUCGUGUUGAUAUGACGAGCAAGUUCUCUCCUCAGCUUGUAGCACGGAUUGUUGCUGACCAUAUACAUGGCAUCAUUGAUCUUGCUGAUGAGGAUAUUAAAUAAGUUUCGAAGAAAAUUGAGUAUUGGAGAUGCCAAUGUAUUAUGUUUACUGAUCGAACCUAGCAGUACUAUUUAUACUCGCUGCAGAUGAGUUUCUCUCGUAAGUGGAUGAAAUCAUGAAAGAAGUGAAUGGCUUCCCACUGAUUGUGGAUAAACUGACCAAACCCAACUAAAAGUUCAAAACUUUUGCUCAAUCAGUGAGCACUUAUGGGAUGAAUCUUCUGUUUAUAGCUGGAAAUAACGUAGAGAAAUCAGGGAGAGGCAGAGACCAUAGGAAGGAAGGUGCAAUUGUGCAAAAGGGGGUGGUAUAACUGCAAAUUCUUUCAUUAUAUCUGGCAGGUAUUGUUAACAUAGUAGUAUAUUCUAAUUAUUCUUGAGAUCCCAAAUCUCAGUUAUCUUUUUCGCUAACAGAAUAAGAAAUCAAUUUUGGAUUCAUAGUGACACUAAGUUUGGUUGGUCAUUUACUGACAUUGCUUCUCAAUUCAGAUUAUGAAUUCUCUUAGCUGCCAAAAGAUAUUAUGUGGUUUACGAUUAGGAUUGCCUUUGUGUUAUACUGUUUAUGCAAAUUGCAGAAUCAUUUUCUCUCCG